UCUGGAUUCCCGGGUUAGCUUAAAGUGUUUUGUUUAUUUUUAAUUUUUAGGAGUUUUAUUGUUGUUGUUAUCUCAUCCAUGAAUCUGAGAACCUUCGUUGUUCUAUAAAUCACCUUAUGCAUUUAUAUUAAUUUUAAUUUAAAAUGCAGAAAUAUGAGAAAUUGGAAAAAAUUGGCGAAGGAACUUAUGGAACUGUAUUCAAAGCAAAAAAUAGAGACACAUUGGAAAUCGUAGCUCUCAAAAGAGUGAGAUUAGAUGAUGAUGAUGAAGGUGUCCCAUCAUCUGCUCUAAGAGAAAUAUGCCUGCUGAAGGAGCUUAAACAUAAGAACAUUGUUCGCCUUUAUGAUGUACUGCAUAGUGAUAAAAAAUUAACUUUGGUAUUUGAACAUUGUGAUCAAGACCUGAAGAAGUAUUUUGAUAGUUUGAAUGGAGAAAUCGACUUAGAUAUUGUUAAAUCUUUUAUGUUUCAACUCCUUAGAGGACUUGCUUUCUGUCACAGUCACAAUGUUUUACACAGAGAUUUAAAACCCCAAAAUCUCUUAAUUAACAAGAAUGGUGAACUUAAGUUGGCAGAUUUUGGUCUUGCACGUGCUUUUGGUAUUCCUGUGAAAUGUUAUUCUGCUGAAGUUGUUACCUUGUGGUAUCGACCUCCUGAUGUUCUGUUCGGUGCCAAGUUAUACACUACUUCUAUCGAUAUGUGGUCUGCUGGUUGCAUAUUUGCAGAGUUGGCGAAUGCUGGUCGGCCAUUGUUUCCUGGUUCUGAUGUAGAGGACCAACUAAAAAGGAUAUUUAAGUUACUUGGUACUCCAACGGAAGACACAUGGCCUAACUUAACUCAUCUACCGGAUUACAAACCAUUUCCCAUUUAUCAUCCGAGUAUGAGUUUUGCUCAGGUAGUACCAAAGCUAAAUUCUAAGGGAAGGGAUCUACUUCAAAGGCUGUUAGUUUGCAAUCCUUCCCAACGGAUGGGUGCAGAAGAAGCUAUGGCGCAUCUGUAUUUUGCGGAUGUUAACACGAAACCGCAACAGUGACAGUACUUUGAGGACAUCUGCUGGGAGUUCCCUUUUCUAGGCCUUACGUAAUCCUGAAGUAUUUUGUUUCAAAUCCUUACCUCGUUAAUAUUAGUUAUCAUUUCAUUAUUAUGUAUUUAUAUAUAUAUAUAUUAUAUUUCAAAGAUUUUUUAUAUAUGGAUAUUCUCACAAAAUUUCAACAGACCUAAAACUGAUCAUUGAUAGGUGGUUUACAGUUUUAUUUUAUUUAUUUAAUGAAAUUAUAAAUAUUCUAAAUCAUCCUCAAUACAUGUUGUUACUUAUUUAUUGAUCUGUUGAUUUACAAUAGAUAUCAAUUAACAUUAAAUUAAAUAAUUAACAUUCUAAAUAAAAGUAAUUCAUGAAAGUCUAUGUUCUGUGGCAACUGUGGACAUCUGGUCUAAUAAAAAGAUUAUACUUUUUGAUGAGGAUAAGGAAUUUUGUGUAUUCAGGAAGGAACUUCUGUGCAUGUCCUUUUUAAUAAGAUAUUCAAUAUUAAGACUUGUAAUAUAAAUGUCAUUUUUCAUGAAUGGUGACUUUUAAGUUGACACAUUCUGUGUUAAAAAAGGAAGAAUUCAAUUUCUAUGAAAAUUAUUUAUAUUGUUAACUAACAUUAUAACAGUAGUUGUCAUACUGUAUGACUGAUAAGACUGUCUUUUAAUACAAUUUUUAUGAAGUGGAAAAAUCAAAUAAAAAGAUUUGGUACUGUUUACUGAAUAAAUCGGUUGUAAUGUUUGUGCAAUUGUUUAACUUAAUUUUUUUAAGUAAUGUUAAGGAGGCAUGAAUUAAGCUUCACUUCUUUCUUGGUAUAAGUUAUAUUGAGAUCUCAAGUCUAUUUUGAUUAUUAUUAUUAUUCAAUUAUUUUUUUAUUGGUAACUUCUAACAUCCACUAUGAUUAUUAUUUCAAUUUUAGUUAAAACAUGUACUAGUUUAAAUUAUUAUUGUUUGAAAGCUGGAACAGGUUGUUAAAUCAAUCCAUGAAUCAUCGUUAUUUUUUCAUUUUUUGUAUGAAAUUAAAACAAGCAAAUUGUGCCAUAGGUCUUACUACUACCUAUAAUGAAAAAAAAAAUUAAGUUUAUUAAUUACUUUAUGCAAUGUAUCAUAAUAUUAAUUAUGAACUCUGAGAUGCCAUUAUACUUAUGAAUGUAUUCAUACUGUUAC